ACCACACUCUACACAUCUCACGAGACCUCAUCACGAUGGCCAAGAUCCAGAAGAGAGGAGAGAAGGGAGCGGCAAAGAAUUACAUCACUCGAAAUCAGGCUCUCAAGAAGCUUCAGAUCUCCCUGUCAGAUUUUCGACGGUUAUGUAUUUUGAAAGGCAUCUAUCCUCGAGAGCCUCUGCAUAAGAAACGAGCAAACAAGGGCUCUUCUGCUCCUGCAUCGUUCUAUUACGCAAAGGACGUCCAAUAUCUGCUUCAUGAACCUCUGCUCGUUCGAUUCAGGGAACACAAAGCUUUCGCAAAGAAGCUUGCCAGGGCUCUCGGAAGAGGAGAAUGGGCAUUGGCCAAGAAUUUGGAGGAUGCUAAGCCUGUCGCUCGCUUGGAUCAUUUGGUCAAAGAGAGAUAUCCCACGUUCACCUUGGCAUUGCAAGACUUGCAAGAUCCCCUGAAUCUCGUUCACUUGUUCUCCACCCUCCCUACUAAUCCUAUCCCUGGAAAGACGCUUGUGCCGCCCGAGGUCAUUUCGGAAUGCGGGAAGUUGAUCUCAGAAUGGAAGCUCUGGGCGAUCAAAACUCAAUCCUUGAAAUACGUCUUUCUCGGUGUCAAGGGAAUCUACUAUGAGGUGGAUGCACCUGGACAAGGUGGUGACCCUGUAAGAGUUCGCUGGUUGGAAGGCUACGAAUUUCAACAACAUGUCCCGCACGAUGUCGACUUCCGAAUUCUCCUGACUUUCCUGGACCUAUACCGAACACUGAUCUCGUUCGUGCUGUACAAAUUAUACACCGAGGAGAACCUCGUCUACCCGCCGCCGUUAGAUACAGAGCUAGAUGCUAAGGGUGAAUCCGUUGGAGCCUUGCGGCUGGUCGAGAAGAAGGAGGAUGCGCCCGCUGAGGCCAGCUCAAAGGUCAGCAAGAAGGAGGUCAAGCGAGCGAUCAAGGGGAUCAAGAGCACGGAAGGAACGGCUGAUGACGUCGACAUGGAUGAAACAGCCCAGGAGGGAAAAGAUGAUGAGGAAGAGCAAUUCGUGGAACGACCCAGCAAAGAGGACAACGAAGAUGUCGCUCAGGCCCCCCUGACAACUUUCUCCUCCAUCCUGGCCUCCGCCGAACCUUCCUCGUCGAAAACGCUCCUAUUCUCCCCUUUCACAUUCUACCUGUCCCGCGAGAUCUCCGCACGGACAUGGGAAUUUGUCAUCCGAGCGACUGGUGGCAAGGUCAUCACGGCACUUCAAGCCCCCACUCUGGACUCUCCUCUCGCCGAAGGCGUCACUCACGUGGUGAUUGAUCGUCCAAUGACUGUGGAGCAAAUGCGAGAAACGGAGCGUGGAAGAAAGGUAACAUGGGUCCAACCUCAAUGGGUCGCAGACUGUAUCAACAGGAGCAAGAUACUCUCAGCGGAGGAUUAUGCUCCUGGCAAGCUCUUGCCACCACAUCUGAGCCCAUGGGACGGUGAGGGAGAAUUGGCCAGACCUUGGCUGGAGGAGCAUGGAGAUGCUGUGGCGGUGGACAGUGUGGGGGCCGAGGACGAAGACGAGGACGAGGAUGAGGACGAGGAGGAGGAGGUGGCAGAUGAGUCAGAAGCUGAAGAUGAGGGAAAGACACCGAGAUACCCGCCUGCUCUACUCGCUGCUGCCACGAACCCCUCCGACUCGACUCUGCGACACGCUGCAGAACUUGAAGCUGAACGCAAUGGCACGUCUCAUGCGGCAUUUGAAACUCAAUUGAAGGAAGCUACCAAGGUCCACAGCAAGUCUGGCAAAGCCACCAAGGCCGUCAGUGCAGGAAAAGGAGAAGAGGAUCUUCGCAAGAUUAUGAUGAGUAACAAAAAGGCCAAACUGUACGAAAAGAUGCAAUACUCCAAUCGUCAACAGGCAGAAGAGGUGAGCAGGAAUCAGACCAGAUCCCUGUCGGACGUUAUGGCUGACACAUCGAUCUAGAAAGAAAAGCUCGAAAGCAAGAGGCGCGCUAUUGAGCGAAGGAAGAAACGUGAGGGCA